AUGGGCAUUCAAAACAAAUUAGCUGACGGCAUUGAUGAGGUAGAUGUGAUCAUCGCUGGUGGUGGCACGGCAGGCUGCAUCAUUGCCGGUCGUCUAGCAGAAGCUCAUCCUAACCUCUCGAUCUUGGUGAUCGAAGGCGGUGCCAAUAACAAAGAUGUGGCUAGCAUCGUGUACCCAGUCUUCUACCUGCAAAAUCUCCUACCAACACAGAAGACUGCACUGUUCUAUAAGGGGAACAAAUCGAAACAGCUUGCGGACCGCGAACCCAUUGUGCCAUGCGGUGGCACUCUCGGCGGCGGAUCGUCCAUCAAUUUUAUGAUGUACACAAGGGCACAGCGCGAGGACUUUGAUUCCUGGAACACCGAAGGCUGGUCCGCUGACGAGAUGCUGGAGCAGAUGAAGAAGCUUGAGACUUACCACGGUCCGGGUGACAAGGCACAUCACGGCCAAGAUGGUCCGAUCCACAUCUCAGAUGGUGGGUUCCGCGUGAAAGACGCCGAAGAAGAGUUUAUCAAGGCGGCCAAAGAGGUCGGUUACCCCGAAAUCGAGGACCUCCAGACUCUUGAUACCAACAACGGAGUUCAACGAUGGCAACGCUACGUCUCACCUGAAGGAAAGCGACAAGACACGGCUCACAGAUAUAUCCAUCCUAAGCUAGAAGAUGGCCAACACUCGAACCUUCACGUUCUUGUCGAAUCCAAGGUUGUCCGGGUGCUCUUUGACGAUAACAAGCGAGCUGUUGGUGUAGAGUACACACCAAACCCUGAAUAUCAAGCAGUAAUCGGCCUUACUGCACAUCCUGUGCAGACCGUGAAGGCACGCAAGCUCGUCGUCGUGACUUGUGGCGCGUGCGGAACUCCACCAGUUCUCGAGCGAUCUGGAUUGGGCGACAAGUCAAUUCUCGACAAGGCUGGUGUUCCGGUUGUUGAGGAGUUGCCUGGUGUUGGAAAAGACUACCAGGAUCACCAUCUCCUUCUCUACCCGUACAGGACAAGUCUUGCACCCGACCAGACUAUCGAUGGUAUUUUGAGCGGCCGCGUGGACGCGACUGAGCUUGUUAAGAACAAUGACAAAAUGCUGGGUUGGAAUGCAAUCGAUAUUUGUUCGAAGCUUCGACCCACAGAGGAAGACGUAAGCACACUGGGACCUGAGUUUAGAGAGUCGUGGGAUCGCGACUUCAAGAACACACCGAACCGGCCAUUGGUACUGUGUGGUCUCGUGUCUUGCUUCCUCGGGGAUCCAUCUUCUGUACCAGCAGGCCAAUACGUGACUGCUGGUACCUACACAGCGUACCCAUACUCCCGCGGGCACAUGCACAUCACUGGGUCAUCGGUAGAGGACCCUCUCGAUUUCGAUGUAGGUUUCUUCAACGACGACCACGACAUCGACAUGAAGAAGCAACUCUGGGCGUACAAAAAGCAGCGCGAAAUCCUUCGACGUACAAACUUCUACCGCGGUGAGCUGGCCGCCGGUCACCCCAAGUUCCCCGAGGGCUCCAAGGCUGCCGCUAUCGAGAUCGAAGAGCCGCUCUCUAAUGUCGAGAAUCUGGUCUACACCUCGGAGGACGACGCCGCAAUCGAGCAAUGGCUGCGCGAGAACGUCAACACAACGUGGCACUCGCUAGGCACGUGCAAGAUGGCGCCAAGAGAAGACAACGGCGUUGUCGACGGACGGUUGAACGUGUAUGGCGUUACAGGUUUAAAGAUCGCAGAUUUGAGUAUCCCGCCAGAGAAUGUGGGUGCGAACACCAACAACACAGCGCUGGUGAUUGGAGAGAAGGCUGCGGAAAUUAUCCUUGCUGAGCUGAGCUCUACUGGUACUCCAUGA